AUGGCUGACUGCUGGCACGCCCUACACCACUCGGAGAAGGACUACACGUUAUAUUCCCCACCUCACAAUUCUUACUCACGUAUUUACGACUUCUUCCUCCAACACCGUCCCUUAGAUGACCACCUCUCAGCGACCAUAGCCUCCAUGUCCUGGUCAGACCAUGCCCCGGUUAUCAUUACAAUCACCUCACCAACUCUUUUCCAGAAACAAUGGACCUGGAGACUCAAUGAGUCGCUGAUAGAAGACCCCCUAAUCCAAAAAGAGGUGCAAUCCCACAUAGAUCAAUUCUUCAACGCAAACAGCACACCAGACUCUGCCCUGGACAAGAUCUGGGAGGCACACAAAUGUGUAAUCUGUGGCAUACUGAUUUGA